CUUUACGAGGUCCUGGCGCUCGAGCCCAGCGCGACCGACGGCGAGGUGAAAACCGCGUAUCGCAUCUUGCAGAAGGCUGUCCAUCCCGACCUCGCGGGCGAAUACGCAUCUGCCGCCGCCGCGCUCGUCAAUGAGGCAGCCUCAGUGCUCACGUCCCCCGCGGACCGAGCUCGUUUCGACCGCGACCGGAGCGAGUGGCUUGCCAGCGGGCGGGGUUCGAGCGACCAGUCGCUGAUGGACCCUUCACCGCUGUCCGCGUGGUCGGGA